CUUAGUAGGUAGGGUACACUAUUACACACGAUUUUCACUUACCCCAGUCUUGGAUGCUUUAGAUCCCACACCCCUUGUUCUUAGCUGCUUCGAGACCAGUCCCUUUACGUCCACUUUUCCCUCGCCAUGGGACCAGGGGAUGGUACAGGUUGGAGCGCAUGUGGAGGUGCUUGUCAUCGACUUUGGAUUCGUAAUGGAAAUUUGUUGCGCCUUUCGCUCGUCAUUUUUUCUUUCGUUUCUUUUCUGUGACUCUUGAAUCUCUCUCUUGACAACCAUGACCGACUGACUGUUGCUACGGAUUCCUACUUACUAGUUGUAGCUGGAGAUUGUCACUCACUGAGCAAUCCCGAGUCUCAGCACGUUGUAUCUCUCAUCGCCUCACCGUGUCUCUCAUUGCGCGAAGCUGGUGAUCUCAUUUUCAACCUUGACCUUGAAAGGUCCAAGUCAGCUACCUUAGACUCACCACUUCCUCUCAUGAACCAUCACUCUCUCGCUGAGCAACCCAAGAACAGAUUGAGCUCUUGAGACAAGCACGCGUCCUUCACACGACAUUCCUAUACCGCCAAGACCAUCGCCCAGCACAGCAAAGCACAGAUGACAGCAAAAGACUUCCACGAGGUCCACGACGACGAAAAAGUCGGCGACAUUGAGCGCGCCGCCGGCUCCCAGACCGAAGAUGGAUCGCCCACAACCACCAGCAGCGACUCGGUGACCAUCCGCAGCAACCCCGACGCGGCGAACAUCAAGGCGGAAAAACAAGAACUCUCCCACGACGCCACUGCCCCAACGGCGACAACAGGCCAUGUGACAGCCCCCAGCGACACCAAAGACGCCGCGCCCGAAACACAAGCCACGGCAGCGGCGCAAGGACCACCGCCGGCAGCGGCGGCGGCCGGCGCCGAAGACACCCCCGAGGCCGGCCGCACGAAGCUCGAGACGACGCUCAUCGUGCUCUCGCUCUGCGCGGCGCUGUUCCUGGCGGCGCUGGACGUUACGAUCAUCACGACCGCCGUGCCGACCAUUGCGGAGGAGUUUAAUAGCAAUAUCGGGUACAUCUGGAUCGGCUCGGCGUACCUCCUCAGCAAUGCGGCUUUCGUGCCGACGUGGGGCAAGAUUUCUGAUAUUUGGGGCCGGAAGCCGAUUCUGCUGUGCGCCGUUGGUGUGUUUUGGGUUGGGUCGUUGAUUUGUGGGUUGUCUACGAGUAUGGGCAUGCUCAUCGGCGCCCGCGCGAUCCAGGGCAUAGGCGGCGGCGGCAUCAUCGUCCUCGUCAACAUCUGCGUGAGCGACCUUUUCUCGAUGCGCCAGCGCGGCGUCUACUUCGGCGUCAUGGGCAUGGUCUGGGCCGUCUCGAGCGCCAUCGGCCCCGUCCUCGGCGGCGUCUUCACGAGUAAGGCUACCUGGCGCUGGUGCUUCUACGUCAACCUGCCCAUCUCGGGCAUCGGCUUCAUCGUGCUCUUCUUCGUCCUCAAGCUGCACAACCCGCGGACGCCCGUCGCGCAGGGCUUAAAGGCGAUCGACUGGGUCGGCACGCUGACCAUCAUCGGCGGCACGCUCAUGUUCCUGUUCGGUCUCGAGUUCGGCGGCGUUCAGUACCCGUGGAGCUCGCCUACUGUGAUCUGCCUGAUCGUGUUCGGCAUCGUCACGAUUGGCAUCUUCGCGGUCAACGAGUGGAAGUACGCGCGGUACCCCGUCAUCCCGAUGCACCUCUUCCGCAGCUGGUCCAACAUGGCCGCCUUCGCGACGGCCUUCUGCCACGCCUUCGCCUUCAUCUCGGGCAGCUACUGGCUGCCGCUCUACUUCCAGGGCGUGCAGGGCGUCUCCUCCCUCCUCUCGGGCGUCUACCUGCUCCCCUACGUCCUCUCGCUGUCCCUCAUGUCCGCCGUCGCGGGCGUGCUGAUCCGAAAGACGGGCAACUACGUCUACCUCAUCGUCGGCGGCAUGCUCGUCACGACCGUCGGGUUCGGGUUGUUCCACGACCUGCCGCUCGACCGGAAUUUCACAAAGAUUAUACUUUAUCAGAUCGUCGCGGGGCUCGGUAUCGGGCCCAACUUCCAGAGCCCGCUGAUUGCGGUGCAGACGUCGGUGGAGCCGCGCGAUAUCGCGGCCGCGACGUCGGCGUUUGGGUUUAUCAGGCAGAUGGGCACGUCGAUUUCUGUGGUUAUUGGUGGCGUGGUGUUUAAUAACGAGAUGCAGAGGCAGUACCCGCGGUUGAGAGAGGAGCUCGGCCCCGAGUUGGCGAAUAUGCUCUCUGGUUCGAGCGCCGCGUCCAGCGUGGGCGUGGUCGCGGAUUUGCAGGGGGAGCAGGGGCAGAUUGCGCGCGGGGCGUAUCUGAGUUCUCUGAGGACGAUGUAUAUCGUCUAUGUUGCGUUUGCCGGGCUCGGGCUUGUUCUGAGUUUGUUUGUGAGACAGGUGCAGUUGAGUAAGAAGCAUACGGAGCAUAAGACGGGGUUGAAGACGCUUCGGAGCCGGACUGGGAAGUGAGGCUCUACCUCUCUCAUGGAGGUAUGCCGCGGGGAAGAGAGGGCGUAGGGGGCAGUGAGUAGGGGAAGAUGAUCACGGAGAUGGAAGGGUUUGCUAGACUUCAACAGCAUGGCGUUUUGGAUAGGAGCAUCUUGUUUGGUUGGCAGCGAGCAUC